UCUUUUUGAUCUUGUUCAAAUACGCACGAGUAACAAUAAUACUUGAAAAGCACUAACCAGGUAACUGAUAAGCUGUUGUCGACAGCCCGAUAGUAGCUUAUUUGCAUUCAAAAAACUUCAGAAAUGCCAGCCAACACACGCGCCUAAUCAACGUAAAAACAAAGUGCGCAUAUUUGCCAUACAUUUCCAGCAAUUGUUUACCCACUGCUAAUUUUAAUAACCAUAAUACAAUUUUCAUCUGCGUGUUAAUUGAACACCAACAUGACACCGGCACGAUAAAAUAUCAAGAUAAUUGAUUCGAUUUGAUUUUGUUAAGUUCUUACUUGUAAAAUGAAGUUCAAACCCAAUGAAAGUGUUCUAAGAGUGGCCCUGAUAAUUUUUUGCGUCAUAUUUGGGGUGUUAAGUAUAUCCCUCAUAUCCUUAGGGGUGGUAUAUAUGGAUGACUUAUGGUGGCCUAGGCGAUAUGUUGGUCUAGAUUUCUUGGCCCUUCCAACGUUGGUAAUAAUUUUAGGUUCAAUUAGUUUCCUUAUGUCCAUCAUUGGGUGUUGGUAUGCGAAAACCUACAACAGAAAAUUUUUUAUUGGAUUUAUUUGUGUGUUGGUUGUUAUUUUGUGUUUGGAAUUAACAAUCAGUAUAAUAUCAUUUGAUAACAUGACUGGAAGUAAAGAAAAACACAUUCGAAAAAUUAUGGAAGAGGAGGCUGCGAAUAUGACCAACGGAUUUAAGGAGUUUAAAGAUCACGUAAGUUGGGUGUAUAAUUAACAUGACAACAGUGUCUCUGUAUAUGAAUAUAAUUUGAUGUAUUGUAAAUAGUGUGUAAUUAUAAUUUAUUGUAAAUAUUUAAAUGUGACUUCUUAUGAAUUAUUUGAUCUGCAAUAAAUGUGAUAUAAAAG